ACUCGAAUCAAUCAAACGAAACACUCGAAAUCAUCAGACGAGCAGAGGUGGCGAGAAGGUUUUCUUCUAUCGACUCUGAGUGAAACAGCUGAUCAAAAUGUCGUCUGGAGAUCAACUUGGUACGCCCGCUUACGCGCCUUUUUUCGGCGCGAUGGGCGCUUCAUCGGCUAUCAUUUUUAGCGCUCUGGGAGCCGCCUAUGGGACAGCCAAGUCAGGCACAGGAAUCGCCGCCAUGUCUGUCCUAAGACCAGAACAGAUCAUGAAGUCCAUCAUCCCCGUGGUCAUGGCUGGUAUCAUCGCCAUCUACGGCCUGGUCGUGGCUGUCCUGAUAGCUGGACAGCUCAAACCGAACUCGUACACCAUCUUCCAAGGGUUCAUCCACCUCGGAGCCGGGUUGGCUGUGGGUUUCAGCGGUUUGGCUGCAGGCUUUGCCAUUGGCAUCGUGGGUGAUUCUGGAGUCAGAGGAACAGCACAACAGCCUCGUCUCUUCGUCGGGAUGAUCCUUAUUCUCAUCUUCGCUGAGGUACUGGGUCUGUACGGGCUGAUCGUUGCGAUUUACUUGUUCACCAAAUCCACAGGAUCAUGAACCAGGAUCUCCAAUCUUAAAGUUUAUAGUGAUAUUAUGUGUAAUAAAUUCAGUGUCCGUCUUCUGUCCUAGCGCCUUCCACGCCGGUUUUACAUGUUUCAUUAACCAUUACGAACUAUGAACAAAAUUUGCGUCCAGAAAGUUAAAAUGUUGAACACGUUUCUCGUUAAACAUGCUUAGGUAAUUACGCUCUCCGAAUUUUAAAUACACAACACAUCAACACUGUAAGGAUUUUUGUGAAUUAUUAUUGUACAGCAUGUUUAUAAUAAAUCUAAAAUUGUUUGUUUUUA